CGGGCGCGCCCCGCCUCCACGCCCCUGCAGCGGCCGCUGUCUGCUCGCUGCAGCUCCGGCCAGCGGUGCCGGUGCAGUGCAGCUCCUCACCUUCUCCUCCAUGACUGAUUCUACUGGAAGGAGGGUUGGAGGAAUGACACAGCGGCGCACAUCUGGGCGCCUCCGCUCGGAGCUUUUCGGAUAAAUCCGCCUCAUUUCCAGCUGUUUCUCUGAAGAAGCGCUUCCCCGGAUUAACGGUCGCUUCUGAGGCGCGUUCCUCCAUCUCCCACCGGAGGAGGAGAAACCCUGCUAGUUUAGUGAAGCGCUGGCGUCUGGCAGCAGGUGGGCUCCAGAGCGCCAUGGUGGUCUUCAACGGACAGCUGAGGGUCCGGAUCUGCGAGGCGCUGGACCUGAAGCCCACGGCUUGGUCCCUGCGUCACGCCGUGGGUCCCAAGACUCAGACCUUCCUCCUGGACCCCUACAUAGCCCUGAACGUGGACGACUCGCGCGUGGGGCAGACCUCCACCAAGCAGAAGACCAACAGCCCCACGUGGAACGACGAGUUCUCCACGGAGGUGAUCGACGGCCGCAGGAUAGAGCUGUCUGUCUUCCACGACGCGCCGAUUGGAUACGACGACUUCGUAGCGAACUGCAUCAUCCAGUUUGAGGACAUCCUGCAGAGCGGCAGCAAGCAUUAUGAGGAGUGGAUUGAUCUGGAGCCAGAGGGGAAAGUCUUUGUUGUUAUUGACCUUUCAGGCUCUUCCAGUGAAGAGGCGGGCUCCACCGACAAUGAGGAGCGGGUUUUCCGGCAGCGAAUGCGACCCAGGAAGCGGCAGGGAGCGGUGCGGCGAAGGGUCCACCAGGUCAACGGGCACAAGUUCAUGGCCACCUACCUGAGACAGCCCACCUACUGCUCUCACUGCAGGGACUUCAUCUGGGGUGUGUUGGGGAAGCAGGGCUAUCAGUGUCAAGUUUGUACCUGCGUGGUCCAUAAACGCUGCCAUGAGCUCAUCAUCACAAAGUGCGCAGGAAUGAAGAGGCAGGACGACACAGUUGGAGAGCAGGUCGGGUCUCAGAGGUUCAGUGUCAACGUCCCGCACAAGUUCAGCAUCCACAACUUUAAGGCCUUCACCUUCUGUGACCACUGCGGCUCCCUGCUGUGGGGUCUGCUGCGACAGGGGCUGCAGUGUAAAGUUUGUAAAGUCAACGUACACAGGCGAUGCGAGAGAAAUGUGGCGCCAACUUGUGGCGUAGACGCUAGAAGGAUCGCCACAGUGUUGUCAGACCUCGGACUGACACCAGAUAAGAUCUCCAACAGCGCCCAGAGGCGGAAAAAGCAGGCUCGCCAGACCAGGGACCCCCAGCAGCCGCUCUCAGAUACUCCUCAGGAAGAAGAGGACCGCUCAAGGUCUGCCCCUACCUCCCCAUGCGACCAAGAUGUGAAGGAGCUGGAAAACAUCCGGAAAGCUCUGUCCUUUGACCACCGCGGAGACGAGCACAAAACACACCCGCUCUCCACGUCCCUGUCUGUUCCAACCAUGGGAGCAGAAGGAGGGAGCGGCGCUGGAAAUGGAGUAAAGGAAGAGAGAAGCCAGGAGAACGGUGAGGUCAAAGGUCACAGCUGCCCACAGACCAAAAGGAUGCACCUACAUGAUUACGUGUUCAUAAAGGUUCUGGGGAAAGGAAGCUUUGGAAAGGUGAUGCUGGCCGAGCUGAAAGGUACCGACGAGGUUUACGCCGUCAAAGUGUUAAAGAAGGACGUGAUCCUGCAGGACGAUGACGUGGACUGCACCAUGACUGAGAAAAGGAUCCUAGCGCUGGCCAGGAAGCACCCUUACCUGACACAACUCUUCUGCUGCUUCCAGACUAAAGACCGCUUGUUCUUCGUGAUGGAGUACGUUAACGGAGGAGACCUGAUGUUCCAAAUUCAGCGAUCCAGGAAGUUUGACGAGGCGCGCUCCCGUUUCUACGCCGCUGAGGUCACAUCUGCCCUGAUGUUCCUUCAUCAGCAUGGGGUUGUUUACAGAGACCUGAAGCUGGACAACAUCCUGCUGGAUGCUGAGGGUCACUGCAAGCUGGCAGACUUUGGGAUGUGCAAGGAGGGAAUCCUGGAUGGAGUCACAACCACCACCUUCUGCGGGACCCCAGACUACAUUGCACCAGAGAUCCUUCAGGAGUUGGACUACGGUCCGUCAGUGGACUGGUGGGCUCUGGGGGUGCUGAUGUACGAGAUGAUGGCGGGACAGCCACCGUUUGAAGCCGAUAACGAAGACGAUCUGUUCGAGUCCAUCCUCCAUGACGACGUCCUCUACCCUGUCUGGCUCAGCAAGGAAGCCGUGUCCAUCCUGAGAGCGUUCAUGACAAAGAGUCCUACCAGGCGUCUGGGCUGCGUGGUGGCCCAGGGCUCCGAGGAGGCCAUUAAGCUCCAUCCCUUCUUCAGAGAGAUCGACUGGAUGCUGUUGGAGCAGAAGAAGGUCAAGCCGCCAUUUAAACCUCGCAUUAAAACCAAAAGGGACGUCAAUAACUUUGACCAGGACUUUACACGUGAAGAACCUGUCCUGACGCCCGUGGAUGACAGCAUCAUCAAGCAGAUCAACCAAGACGAGUUCAAAGGAUUUUCCUACUGUGGAGACGACGCCCCAGCAUAGAUCCCAAAACCAACACACAGAAAAACAACAAGCAGAUUCAUCCAGACUCUGACUACUCCAGGAAUUAUACUAGACCAUUUGUGUGUCUCAUUAUGGAUUCUGUGCUCUUGUUUGUCCAUAUGAAUUGUAACCAAAUGCUUCAGCAGCAUGUGGGGGCAGGUUGGCGAGGGGAAGAUGUGGGUAACGCCAAGGUGAAUAUACAGUAUAAUGUGUAGCAGCCUGCAUGCACCUUAAAAGAGACGCUCAGUUCUUCACAGAAUGUGACGUAUCCUGUAUGCGUGUUUUGGGUUGUUUUUCUGUUUUUGUUUUUGUGAACGACAAAAAAAAAACAUAAUGAAUGAUUGUCUUUAAAUCUAAAAAGUGCUUUAUUCCCUGUGUUAC